GCUGUUGAUGUACGAGAGCCAGUCUGUGAAGUCGCCUUCUUCGCUGCACCUCGGCCGCGCUCGGUUGUUCCCGCUCGACUCCUUUCUCUCUCCUCCUCUUGCUCUCCCUUUCCUCCUCUCGUUGCCGCGCGAUCGUUACUCCGCGAGCGUCCGCACCGGUGGCGGGUGGAGAGCCAACGCCGUUCAUCCCGUCGUUGUUCUCGACGGCGUGCGCGGAUGAGAGACGUCCGAACGGUCAAAUCGCCACUCUGAUUUGCGCGCGCGAAUACAACGAAUGGUGCUACAACGGAUAUCGAAACGAAUAGCUCUCGUGUACGAUAACCCGACGAUGACGAUCGUGGAUGGUGGUGAAUGAAUAAGGCGCAGCAUCGGGAAAAAGAACCCCGGAGAGAGACGACAGCGUGAAUGGGAGACCCGUAAACAUCCGUCAAUCUGAAGAAUAACCUGACGAACGAGAUCAAAGUGCUCGAAUGCAAUAAAGCGGUAUUCGUAAUAUCGUAUCCCGCGACGGUGACGAAAAUCGAGUCUGAGAUUGAAACGGGUCAGCGACACAGGCGGAGAGUCCGCGAAUUAUAUCCGCUGAAGAUUAAUCCGACUGAGAAGACGUGCGCAUCUCGCGACAAAUCCCCUGACAACUAACCUGAGACGGAAUCGACGAUGCGGAUCAAGUUGCGCGGCGUAUAGGAUGCAACUUGGGGGAACAGGAGCGAGAUGCAAACGAUCGGCAAGUAGGAGCGAGUAAAUUUGUAUUAAAAUACGACUGACUAGCGGAGUCUCGCAAAGUUACAACUUGCGGAUUCGAGUUCAGGACUUUGGAAUUUCCGUUGGGGAUUAUUCUCUCAAACGGAUUGAUAUUCGAUUGCCGUUGCGCGUCCGGCGAGCGACACGAGACUUGACUCGGCGAGAGGGCCGAGGACGCGCCGAUCGGCCGGUCGUUGCACUUUGCCUGCUCGCUCCGGUAAAUCUCCUCCGGACGCCUCCUCGCGAUAUACCGUUAUUACAACACCACCGGCGACCAUCGGGGUAACCAAAGAUUAGGAAUUUCGAUCCGAAGGAAAUUCCAACUCCAAUCGUCUAAUCGAGCGUCCGCGGCGAGUUGGAACGGCGAGUUUGACUCGGAGGGACAUUAAAUUCCAAUCUGUCCGAACCGACGAUAAGAACGUACUCCCUCUUUCUCCGAGCGGGAUUCGCUGGUAAACGUUAAAAAUCGUCGUCGUGUGAGAGACGACGUAUAGUCGAACCGCAUACGAAAGGAUCUCCGUUAUGCGCACGCUGACCGAAGCGAUGAAACAUCGCGCGAUCAGCUGACUAGUCGAGCUCUUCAGCGGCGGCCGCACCGCUGAUAAGGACGCUACUCGGGCGUCCUCCGAGCACUCCCAGGGACGCCUACCGUCCACUUGCUCUGUCAUGACGUUCGGCACGCCGUUUCACACCGAGAAGUCGCAGUUGGCCAGCGAGAAUUCCGCUCGAUGUCACAUCUUGCGUUCACGUUGGUCGUGAACAGGAAGAGGAUCGUGAGAGUGGCAGAGGGAAAGAGCACGUCACAGGAUGCGCGCUCGCACACACGUGACAACGACGAUACGCCUGGUGGAGGUUGCAGUCAAGGCUGUAGAAAGGCACUGCCGGUCGCGCUAGUAUCUCGCACGGAUUCUCUAUACCGAGCGGUCGUCGACCCGGUGCCGUGGCGUUCGUCGCCGUUUGUGCAAGGUCGUUUUACUUGGGUCUCGUCUUGGUCGUCGACCGACAGUUGAUGCGCGCUCGCUUCGUGCGACUGACGUGUACGUCUUGCAGCAACAGCGAGGAUUGGCAGUAUGGCGGCUGAAGAAGGAAUGUUGGGCGGUGGUUUGAGCGCGAAACUGAAAUGCCCGACUCCCAUAUCGCGGUUGAGGGUGGAGAAAAUUGAGGGUGGCCUGAUGGUUGCCGGUGUAGUAAUAGCGGCGAAUUGUCAGAUCGCCCUUCCGGCGUUUGGUACUCUCUUUAUGCUCGUCGGCGCUGUACUCACAGCUGCCUCUUAUCGCGGCCCCGGCGAGGACGAGGACAAGAAUUCGUACGCCGCGCGGAUCGCCUUUACUGGCAAUUCCCGUAUUCUGGGACCGAUCUGCAUAGUCGUGGGCGCCCUUAUGCUUGCGCUUGGCGUGCUGCUCUGCACGCUCACGAGACGUGCUAGGCGAAGGGAGCGUAGGGUAGGCUUCCACUGUCCGCUUCAUGGGGACUUUUACCCUUUGAGUCCAGUCCAGGGUAUUAAAAUGCUCGGUGUAUCCGGCAAGGACGUAAGUGGAUGGCCGAAGAUUCCGUGCCUGAAGAGUAAUCGCACGUCCGGCAAAGGCGGAAGCGGCGCGGGAGGACCACACGUAGGUCCACCGCAGUGCCCACACUCGGUUUUGAGCAGCACCCGCAGCUCCGUCAGCAGCUCUCCCUUGAGCCCGUGCCCGACGCCUAUGCCUUUCCUGGUAACUUCGGGCUCAGUCAGUAGCGGCAUGGUGCAAAGCGUCGGAGCCAAUUUAUCGCCGGACCAAACGUUUGGAUCGAUCCGGUCGCUCUCGGUAACGAGAGAAGUCGCCAGCUUUCCCCUGUCGCGAACGCCCACACCACCCCCGCAGCACAGAGCAUCGGCAGUGCUGGCCACGAACCCCGAGGACCAACUGGUGGGUAGCCCCCUGAGAGAGGCUUCACCUAGGCCAGAGGUACGCGUGAUCGCACCGUCCCAUCGGCCAUUACCACCGUCCGCUCUGGCCGCGACGAACGGCAAUCAUCAUCCGAUCUCGACGGCGAACCGUAAAUCCGUAAGCAUAUUGCUACCCGAAACCAGUGGAUGACCCCAGCAGCGGCAGCUACAGCAGCACGGGGUCGUGCACCGUUGCGACGAGGAGCCGCUUUCGAUCUAGGGUCGACGCUCCGCGAAAGGACCGUUUCUCAUUCGGACUGAUCGCGCUCCGUCACCUCGAUGACAAAGGUGCAAUGCCUUCCGUGAAUGCUAGUCGCAACGGCAUGCGUUUCUGGCCAAAAAUAAUUUUGAAAAUGCCCAAACUCUUAAGGUAUUCUCUUAAGGUAUUCUCAAGCACAAUUUCCACAUUGACGCGAUUCAACGAAACGAGAAAGACGAGAAAAGAGUCUAUCUUUGUUUAACCCUCCAGCACCGAAAUCAAAUCUUCGCGCAUCGUUGGAUCUGUAAUUUAAAUGUAUAUCUGUCGAUUUAAAUGCGUAGACAAAUCUCGAAAAUUGAAUUUACGCGUUUGCUACUGCAUUCUGUAACUUGGAACAAGUUGUAAAAUUUUCUUCAUUACCGGUGAAUUUGGAAAAUUAAUAAAAUCAGAGUAUAUCAGGCGAGAGUGCAUGGGAACUCGGUUCUGGAUUACGUUUAUUGGGACGAGUGCUCUGUGUACGUUCGUGGUGUCUUGAACGUUUCGCUAAUGUUCCGAGAGUCUUCGGUGCUGGUGCAAGUCGAGAGACUGACAAACUCUUUUCUCUCCCGCGAUCGAAUCUCCAGUGUCAGCCAUGGGAAUCGAUGUCGACGCGCGACUGACUGAAUGAGACUCUCGGCGAUUCAGGUAGGUAGAUCACUAAAUGGACAAAUCGCGCGGAUUAUGCGGACGAUUUGGAUGUUUGGACGAGAUUGGUCUAGACGUCCGAGAGUGUCGUCUAGACGAGUCGCGACGUUCGGCCCAGUUUGCUCUUAUUUUUAGUCCAGCCGAAUUAUAUAUCCGGCUCGCUCAAGCUGAUUCAACGAAAGACGCUCAACCGGUGCUUACGCCAGCGAGAUCAUUUUCUCAUGCGAUCCCGUGCGUUAAUUUGAUCCUGCUGUCUUGCACGACGGCAUCGACGGACGGCAACGUCUCGUUGACGUUUCUUUUCUCGAGGUUUAAAUGCGCUUUCAAAAUGCAGAAUCGCGAUUUGGAAUUUGGUCGUCUUAUGUUUCACGCCCACCGAAUACAUUUAUCUAUUAAUCUAAUACAUUAAUCUAUUUCGAAGGUAAAUAACUUGGAUCAUUCAUCACAGUUAUCGCUACGGAUUUACGGAUAAAGCGUGAUAAUACAAUACAGAUAGAAUUAACUUAGAAAUAACUUCCAAAAUGGCAUUAGAGACUGAAGAUUUAUUAUUCUCCCGUACCGGCAUUUCUCGGAAGAAGAAUUAUCUCGAGGUAUCGACCAGAGCAUUCGAUCGAGUCAAGAUGAAGCGAGGAUUGGCGAGAAAUAUCCGUGACCAUCUGACAAUCUGUCUACCAUACGAAUAUGUUCACAUUGCUGGACAAUGAAAAAGAAUUUCGGCGACAUCUGCCAAUCCUCUCUUUCGAGAAUGUCAACUUUCUCUCCUAGAAUGGUCGUUCCGAGAUCGAGAUGUAUCAUCGAGAUUCGAAAAAGAUUUGAAAAAGAAAGACUUUUAUCCUGAUGUUAAAUCGUUAAAGUUGAAUCGUAUCGCAUCGUUUCGCGAAACGAUGCGUGGUGAGGGGGAAACGAGAACAGGUUUUAACUACUAGUAACACGAUCCUAAAACACGACACUGGUCCACUGUAAUCGGAUUAAGUGCUUUUGAUGGAAUUGACCGAAACGAGAUACCGGCCUUUGUCGCGAUGCUAAUUAACACGUAUCGCAUGUCAAAUAUUUGCAGAAACUGCAAACGAACCACGCGAAUACGCGACAAGUAAAUCGGCAAACUUGAGGAGAACAACAUAAAGGAAACAUAAAACGAGAAAUGUUUACCUUUACCUUGUAAUUGGCGUAUCGUAUGGUACAUGUCUCACCGUACACAUUUAUUCAGUUAUUCUCGCGGACGCGAAGAGUGUGUGCCAAGUUUAGGCAAGAUGUAGCGAUACGUGUUGAGAGGUGUUUCGACGGUGCUCCACAGUAUGGUGCUAGCUGGAGUAUAGCGGGAGAAGAUGAGCAACUCUCAUCGCGCGAGAAUUAGUGGGCACUAAUAGCGUAGUAUUCAAGGAUGGACCCUUAAAUUAAGGUAAACCGUUUAAUAACGCGUCAUGCUCACGAUUCUCUGCUUGCUCGACGAUACCGCGGUUGAUCUCGGCGGUCGCACUUCGGGACUCUGCUCGAGCAAGCAGUUAGGAGAUUUUAAGUAAGACUCCUAGUCUUGUAAAUACGUAGAUAGAUAAAAAAGAAAGAGCUAUUGGCCGUGUGGAGAAAGAUGCAAUGAGAGUUUCAGAAUCGUCGAACGCGUUUCACGCGAGACGAAAGGACAUGGUUAACGUUAUCGCGCGUAUACCCCGCGAUCGCGUAGAUCGAGAAGGGUCGUCUCGCAUUCGAUUCUUCGAGUCAUGAUAUCGUUAGGGAAUGGAGAAAUCAUCUCUCUGCAAUCUAAGGAUGCAUCGCAACGGAUAACGGAUCUACUCGUGUCAAUCACGCUUCGUUCUUUUUUUUCCCUCGCGUAAUACGUUCUGUUAACGAAUCCGUUAUCUCACACGGAAAUACAAGAUCGAUAUAGAAACAAGAUGUUUCGAGAAAUUAGUGAUCCGCCCAUUAACCGUCUGAACGAUACCUGCGAUUGCACGAAAUUGCGCGAGAUCGAUGCGUCUUAGAAGCGUUUCGUGACACUCGGAAAUCAACUACGUCAGGAGCAUCGAUCGCAUGAACGUUCUCUCGCCUACCUUAUCCUUUACAGCGUGCAUAGCGUAACAAACGUUGAUACGAUAGAAUCAACAACGGGCGAAAGACGGCACCGCGAUUGCGUAUCGAUCGUGUCGUCGAGACGCCAGUAGGAGUUGAAGCACUCCGUAAAACACACGAUGUGUAAGCCAGAAGAGAGGAGACAUUCGCGUGCUCUCUGUCGUGCGUUCAUUUUAACGAUGCGUUAAUCAGCCGCUGGAACUGAGCUGGAACUGAGCUGGAACUGAGCUGGAACUGAGCUGGAACUGACAGGCGCGUUUGCGAAAGCUCGAAACGCGGCACGCGCGGAGCGCUCUGGGAUGUAUCCGACAAUAUAUUUACAUUAAUCGUUAACGAUCUAGUGUGCAUACUCACUCAAUAGCAUUUGCUCGUGUCGUCGAUACCACGGGAGGAGAAGAGGCUUGGGAUCGUACGCGUGCGAUUCGCGUCGAAUAAUCUGUUCAUCGACGUUGUGUCUUCGAGGAUCACGCAACAGUUCUUUCGCUUGAUUUUCAGAUCCCCAUUUUCCGAGUCUGGCGUUUUUGUGAGAUUUUGUCAAGGUGACGACUUAGCGGUCCUGAAUCGCGAAAAACGAGCGAAAAUGUGUGCCAAACUGCAAGAAGGUCUCUCCCGUGAACAAGCGACGAAUUUACAUUUGCGCAUCUUUUCCAUUCUCUCGCGGAAUUGAUUCCGUAAUGUUUCCCUCUAGGGGAUGCUACCUAAUGCGUGAGAGACGUUUCAGCGAUUAAAAAUUCGACAAGUACAAGUGACGUAUCCGGUGAAUCGGCUAGGCCUAACUGCAUUCAAACGCUUUGGUUAUUUUUGCGAGUCCAAGUCCACUUGAAAUAUCGCGUUUUCUCCUGAUCGGAACAAUCUGAUUUGUGCUGCACGAACGAAAUCAAUUCCCGGGCAAUGAUGCCGUGAUUCGGACGAAUCGCCACGCGUUGACUCGAGGCUCAAGCUCGCAAAAUGAAGGCGCGGAGGGUCGGCAAUCGACGAUGCGACGACAGGAGUCAUCCUUGGCUCACGUAGACGAAGGGUGAUACGUUCUUCUUUUUUAAGUAAAUUGUGAUAGAUGCGCGUAGGCCAUAAGAUCAAUUCGAGCGACUAUAGUGAUACAACUACUGACUAUACUAUUGUAAGAUUUCAAUUCUCUCAGCUAUGAUGCCGAUGAGCGGGCAAGUUUGUGCAGAGCGUGCGUGCAGUAGUUUGCCGUAAAACCAAUCGUUUAACGCAUCGCAGCUGGAAGCGACAAGAGCUUUUCUCGGCGAUUUUGCGGCGGAUUCGGAGUCGCGCACUGUUGUACUUGUUUCAUUGUUAUUGAUAGUUGUUAAUUAACUGGCAUCGCUCGUGCGGAACGAAAUGUUUUUGGGAAACUCUUAACUCAAAAAGGCACAAAGAGCGACUCAACGGCGAAUUAAAUGAACUUUGUUGCCAAUUACCUGUGAUCCUUCAGAUACGAAUAAUUUCGUUUACGAGCGAUCGAGUAUCUGCGCCAAUAACGAGCCGGCAAACGGAUGAAUCGCGCUUGUCCAACUUGGCCAUCCAUAGGCGUCACGCGUAAAUUAGAAAUGUAACAACGCGAUUCGUAGAUGCGUCGUCCUGUCGAGUCGAUCCCGACGGAAGAAGACUCGAGCAAACGACGAUAUGUUUUUCGCGAUAUAUUUACGACAUAUAUAUAUAUACACCUAAGUAAUAGCUAAGGCGCAAUUUAGGAUAGGUCAAGAUGAGUUUUACUCACGAUCAGAGCGGUUGAUUAUAAAGAGGCUGAUUAAGUUUAGAUAUCGUUCCAUCGUCUACUCGAUACAUUUGAUAAGUAACGCAGCUGACAGCGCUCGUCUAGUAGAGAGACACGGGCUAUUAUUGAUAUAUCACUAUUAUAGUUGUAACUUUAGGCGUAAUGUGUCGAUCGAUAGGCGCGUUUCACGCGAUCUCGACGCCGUUACGACGAAGAAAACGGAUGAAAAGGAACGGAUAAAAUCGCUUCUUCACUGUCACGAGAUGAGAUUGCAAAAAUACAGGAAAAAAAGAAUGUAGAUGUAGGAAAAUAUUAUUAUUUUCAUCCGUUUGUUUCCUCGAUGAACGAAUGUUGUAACGUUAUGAAAAUGUCGGAGGAACGUUGGGAUUAGACGUGGCUGCGAUGGCGAUGUGAUUGACUCGUGUAUGUUUGAACAGGAAAUGCUUGUUGCAUUUUAAUGUCUUUACUUGAACGGAAUUAUUCAUGAAAUUGCGUUACAACGAACUCUUCAACCUUACGUGACGCGCGUUCUUAUGGAGUUUGUUGCAACGGGAUUCAACUUGUUGUGAUCGUUGCAAUCGGUGGCAAGCCGGGAACCCAUCGGUCGCAACAGCAGUACGCCAGAGCCAGGUUUUAUACGUUUAUACUAGCGGUGCGGUAGCAAUAAAAGAGCAGCUUACGGCCUAUACGUAGGGAUAUGAGGAAUGAAAAUAUCAAAUCCAGAAUACCGAUCGUCAAUCGAGAGAAUUAUGAACCCAUUCGUAAAGACGGAAAAUCUUUUUAUACUUAUCUCGCGUGGUUGUCGCGUAAUGCGCUUCGAAUUUGAAUGAGAAAUCUCUACGUAAUCAGAGCUUCGCCAAACCGCUGUUUCUCGUGAUGGUUUCUAUCGUGGAAUGGCGAUAGGACGGCGUCGUGUGUGUGUGCGUAUGCGCGCGCGCAUCGCAAUACAAACGUCAAGGAGGAACGCAUGAGUCUCCCCUUUUUAUUAAGGCAUUUUAUUGGAAACAUAAUCCAAGUCCCAGAUUAGUGUAGUGAGAACGUUAUACGGCUGCAGCAUCGAUAUCAUCGUUAUCUCUAUCACUCUACAAUCUACUAUCAUCAGGUUACUAUUACCGUCAUCGAUGCGACUCGACGAUGAAAAUAGUGCUAUACUCGAUAUGCUAUUUUCUCGAUGUCCUACGUCUGAUUGUGUACUGAUCACAUUGUAUCACAUAUAAGCAACUAAAAUUUCACUCGAAUAAAAUUCCUUUUCAUAUCCCA